AUCGCACCCACGCCGGAUUGACCCACAAUUCCCAAAACUAAACAAAAAUGGCGUCUAAGUUCAAACCUGGCGAUCUUGUGUGGGCAAAGAUGAGAAGCUUUCCCGCCUGGCCAGGAAAGAUUGUAGAACCUAAGCCAGAUGUGAAGAAACCAAAGAAAGAUAAAAACUCUCACUUCAUCUACUUCUUUGGAUCAGAAAACUAUGCCUGGAUUCCAUUUGAGAGUGUCUAUCCCUAUAUUGGAAACAAGGAGAAGUUCUUGUUGACAGCCAGAAUACCAAAAGGCUUCAAAGAGGCCAUUGAGGCCAUAGAAGAUGCAAUCAAAAAUACUUCAGUGGAGGAACCUUUAAUAGCAGACGACUUGCCAUCAAUAGAUGAGGAAAUAGCACAGAUCCUCUCAGAUUCUGCAGAUGAUGAAAAGGUCAAUCAGUUGAACAACAGUGUAGGCAGUGACGGCUCACCUGACAAUGAUAAAAAGAAGAAAAAGAGGCCCAAAAGCAGCCCGGAACCAGGGGUGCAGGAGGAUGAGGCAUCCCCUAAGAAGACACCAAAGCUGAAAUCCAAUUCUGUCUCCACUGACAGCUCAGGGAAAAGGAAGUUAAGCCCAAAGAAGACGCUGACGCCCUCAGAGAAGAUUCUCAAGAGGGCAAAGAUGUCGUCUCCUGGCAACAUCUUUUCUGCUCUCAGUCCCAGACGAUCUCCAACAAAGGCCAAGGAACGCAGGCUGCCUGAUCUGCAAGUCAGUGAAAGUGACAUGUCAUAUGACCCCUCCCUGGGAGCCCCGGGCAUGCCUUUGGGCUCCAGUGGGUCAAGGCUGUCAGAGGGCUCUAGUCCAAACCACCCAGUCAAGUCUGUGAUCCCUACACCCAUGCGGAUAGGCUUCCUGGGGCUGGGAAUAAUGGGUCAGGGAAUGGUGAUGAAUUUACUGCGCUCUGGCCAUGAGGUUACUGUAUGGAAUAGGACCUCUCAAAAGUGUCGGGACUUUGUCAAGGCAGGUGCAUUGAAAGGCAACUCGCCAAUGUGAGGUGUUACAGCAGUGUGACAUCACCUUCUGUUGUGUUGCAGACACCACUGCAGUGAAAGAUGUG